AGCCAGGCAGGCAGUCCCCUUCCUCCUCCCCCCGCAGCUCGCCUCGUCCCCGCGCCCGGGCCGUGGGGCAGGCCCCCCCCACCGCCGGGUCCCCCGGGGCUGCAGCGGUUCCCGCCGCCGGGGCCCGGGCGCCGGCCCCGCGCUGCUGCAGUGAUGGGCACGGUGCUGUCUCUGUCCCCCGCCUCGUCGGCCAAGGGCCGGAGGCCCGGCGGGCUGCCGGAGGAGAAGAAGAAGGCGCCGCCGCCGGCCGGGGACGAGGUCUUGGGGGGCUACGGGGCGCCGCCCGCCGGCGGCAAGGGCGGCAAAGGCGAGAGCCGGCUCAAGCGCCCGUCCGUGCUCAUCUCGGCGCUCACCUGGAAGCGCCUGGUGGCCGCGUCGGCCAAGAAGAAGAAAGGCAGCAAGAAGGUGACGCCCAAGCCGGCGGGCACGGGCCCCGACCCCCUGGUGCAGCAGCGCAACCGCGAGAACCUUCUCCGCAAGGGCCGAGACCCCCCCGACGGCGGCGGCGGCGCGGCCAAGCCGCUGGCAGUGCCCGUGCCCACCGUGCCCACCGCUGCUGCAGCGGGCGAGCCGCCUUCGGGGGGCAGCGGGGCCGCCCCGGCGCCAGGCUCCGGCGGGGGCAAGCCGCCGCCCCCGCCGCCGCCGCCGCCCGCCCCACCCGUGCCCGGCGGCUCCCCGCGCCGGGUCAUCGUGCAGGCGUCCACCGGCGAGCUGCUGCGCUGCCUGGGCGACUUCGUGUGCCGCCGCUGCUACCGCCUCAAGGAGCUGAGCCCCGGCGAGCUGGUGGGCUGGUUCCGCGGCGUGGACCGCUCGCUGCUGCUGCAGGGCUGGCAAGACCAGGCCUUCAUCACGCCUGCCAACCUGGUGUUCGUGUACCUGCUGUGCCGCGAGUCGCUGCGCGGGGACGAGCUGGCGUCGGCCUCCGAGCUGCAAGCCGCCUUCCUCACCUGCCUCUACCUCGCCUACUCCUACAUGGGCAACGAGAUCUCCUACCCGCUCAAGCCCUUCCUCGUGGAGCCCGACAAGGAGCGCUUCUGGCAGCGCUGCCUGCGUCUCAUCCAGCGGCUCAGCCCGCAGAUGCUGCGGCUCAACGCCGACCCGCACUUCUUCACGCAGGUCUUCCAAGACCUCAAGAACGAGGGCGAGGCCGCAGCUGCCGCUGCCGGGGGUCCCCUAAGCGGGGGCGCACCCGUGGCCUCCUCCUCCUCCGCGGCCGCCAGGGACAGCUGCGCGACCGGGCCCAAGCACUGGACUAUGAACCUGGACCGCUAGAGAGAGCCGAGCAGAGCCCGGAGCCGCGGCCGCACCCCUGUCCCAGCCCCCCGACACGCACGCGGAGACCCUGGGGCCCAAAGGGGACCCCCUUGUGCCUGUGCCCGCGGCUGGGGCAAAGGGAGGCCAGAGGCCGCGGUGGCGCCUGCAUUUGCGGCGGCGGUGUCGGUGGUGGUGAUGGUGGUGUGGGGCUAUGAGCGCCGGGAGGGGACCACCCCCAGCCUCACCCCUUCCUUCUGUCAGCGCCCCCCCCAUUUCUCCCAGUGUACCCAGGCUCCCUCUUUCCUUUCCGGGUGUGUCUGUAAAUCCGUGUCCCUUGGUUUGUCCACUUCCUCACCUCCUUCCUGGGCCUUCUGCUUCUGCUUUUUCCUCUCCCGGCAUGGAUGCCGCUGUCCCCAUCUUGCCCCCCACCCCUCCUUUCUGGCUCUUCCUCCUUACCCCCUUUUUCUUGCUGCACCUGUGCCCCAACUCUUCUGCCCGGUGCCCCCUUCCCCCCUCUUGUCUGCCUCCCCACACCGCGCCUAAGUUAGCUUGCGAUUCUUUCCACACCCACACCCAGGGAUUCCCCCAACCCCAAGCCCCCUCCCAAGACCAAAGGGAGCAAAAGUUCUGGAUUUGGACCGACUGAGGGUGCAGCCAACAACUGCAGGCCCUCGACCACCACUUGGACCAUCCUUCGCCUCCCACCUCACCCCACCCCUACCUUUUUCAACGUGUUGCAUGCCAGGAGUUGGGGGGAGGGGUGCCUGUUUCAGGAGGUCGAAGUCAGGGACCAAAAUCAACCUAGAAUGCCACCCCGGUGCCAAUGGUCUCCAAGAAAGGGUGGAAAGGGACCGAAAACUAUUUUACUCCGGAGGAGGAGCACCCCUCUUCCUUAUCCUUAGGUGUUUAUUAUUAUUAUUAUU